UCAAACACCCAGACAGAUCUUCACUAUAUUUCCAGAAGAAAAAAAACCCAGUCGUUAUCAACCAGCCAGCCAUCAAUAUGUACACCAAACAAGUCAUCGUGGCUCUUGCAGCCUUUACUGCAGCCAGCGCCGCCGUCCUUCCCCGCCAGGUCGUGACACCGGAGCCAGCUCAAGGUGCCCCAAGUGGCACUUACUCCAUCACCAGUUUCCAAGUCGACCAACUUCCCGGUAGUCUGUACACAACAUACACUCUCCAAGUCACAGAUCCUUCGAACCCAUCCACCGCACCCGACAACACAUCUACGACCUGCUCCACAGAAGCAUCUACCCUUCCCGCCAUUGCCGGCUUUCAGGACCUGUCUUGCGACGACCCCAGCGUCAAGUGGUCUUUUGUGGCCAACAGCACAGGGUACAAUUUGGAGAUCAAGCACAACUGGGGCGAACAAGUACAACAUGCAAUUUUCGUGGCUUAUGACAAUGUUACGGAUACGGCCACUGCCUUCUUCCCGUCGAGCGAUGUGAAGAAUAACCCGAACGCAGAGCCAGGCCAAAGCGCUCCUUAUCUCGAUGCUCCCGCUUCGUUUGAUCUUGAGUACUACCGCUACAUCUCGUAGGUGUAGACCAGUCGUGGUGUAGCACAAUGGUGCGACUCUGGGAUCUGAGGUUAUGGGCGUAAAGGAAAGAUGCAUUUUU